AUGUCACACCCGGAUCGCAUGGCUGAAGAAUAUGUCAACUUCAUUGAACGACACACUGCCCCCCGCGCCAUGCCACUCGACGAAAUUGCCACAGCUACACGUGCAGAUAAGACUCUGUCCACGCUCGUGACUUGUUUACGUACAAACAAGUGGUCCACCGAAAUUCUGACGUCAUUCAAACACAUCAAAGACGAAUUGACAGUCACUAACAACGGCAUUAUCCUGCGUGGACAUCGAAUUGUCAUCCCCCAAGCUUUACAACAACGCGCGAUCGACAUCGCCCACGAGACGCACCUUGGUCUAACCAAAACUAAAGCAUUAAUUCGCGAAAAAAUCUGGUUCCCGAAUAUCGACGCCAUGGUUAAAACAACUCUUGAUCGCUGUUUAACUUGCCAAGCCCUUGGCCGACCCGGCCCACCAGCACCAAUCACCCCCACCACCAUGCCUGAUGGACCUUGGCAAACUGUUCAUGUCGACUUCUAUGGUCCUCUACCCACUGGAGAAUACCUUCUUGUCGUUGUAGAUAGAUAUUCUCGGUUUCCCGAGGUCGAAAUUGUCCACUCCACGAGAGCCUCUACUGUGAUACCAAAACUCGACAAGAUCUUUGCCGUUCAUGGCAUUCCUACCCUUCUCAAAAGCGACAAUGGUCCCCCUUUCAAUGGCGAAGAAUACCAACGCUAUCUCACUGCCCUUGGAAUAAAGGCAAUCUUCUCUACUCCCAAAUGGCCCCAAGGCAACGCUGAGGUAGAACGCUUCAUGCAACCCUUGGGCAAAUCCCUGAAAGCUGCUAAACUUGACGGUCGUCCAUGGAAACAAGAGCUAAGUCGUUUCCUGUUGCACUAUCGCACCACACCGCAUUGUACCACUGGUGUUCCGCCCUCUGAACUGUUAUUUAAUCGCCAAGUUCAAGGAAAACUUCCUAUUUUACAAAACGCAAUCUCGUUAACCGUCACAACGAGGCUCGGGAAAAGAAAGGUGAAAGACAACAAUAUAACAAACGUUACGCUGAUGAAAAGAGAAACGUUAGAGAAAGCCCAAUAAAAGUUGGCGACUACGUUUUGUGGAAGCAAGAGAGACGGAACAAACUCACCCCUAAUUUCAAUGAAACACCCCACAUUGUCAUCUCGCGAAACAACAACACGGUGACAGCACGUAGUCAGACAGGACACACUAUAACUCGCAAUGUAUCACACUUCAAGCCAAUACCGAAGCCAAAGAUUGAUGUUCAAGUCGACGACGACGAUGACAGUGAAACGUAUGACGCGGAAAGGACCGAACGAGACAGAGUUGACACUAGUAACCCUGAGCCAAGACGAUCGACAAGGAAUGUCAGGCAACCAGAACGAUAUGGCGAGGGAAUUCCCUCGUCGGUAAUUAGAUAA